GUAAUAAUGGUGAUGAAGAAGUAUAGUGACGGGGUUGCCCUGCCGGGCCCACGGGGGACCAUUUCCGGCGGCGUCGCCUCCCUCAAGACGGAGUCCAAGUUGUCCCACUCCGUGCCCCCCUUCCUCCCUCCGCCUCCGCAUCCGCCGCAAAUCCACCGACACCUUCAUCCACGGCAUCGACGACCACCUCGAGCUGAUCACCGACGUCCACUCCGCCGAGGACUCCGCCUCAUUCCUCCUCCCCUCCGCCGCCGGCCUCCUCCGCUCCCCCACCGCAGCCGACAUCUUCGUCAGGUCCCGGAUCAUCAGCUCCAUGUACCCCGCCGGGGGGAUGCGCCCCCGCCUCCUCGCCAGGCUCGCCAGGAUCCUCACGCGCGCAGCCAGGAACGCCACGCGCCGCCGCAAGGGCGGGGUGGUGGUCACCGGGACGGUGGAGAUAUGGCGGAAGCGGGACUUGAUGACGGAGGAGGAGGAGGAGGGGAUGGUGGCGAGGUGCGGGGGGUGCGGGUGCGCGAUAUAUUCGUUGAAGGAGUACGACGAGAGCAUGGAGGACUACGGCGGCCCCUUCUGUCUCGACUGCAUGGACCAAAUCGACGCCGAGGAGGGAGUAUUACGUACCAUAGGCGCUCCGGAAGAAGAACUUCAUCACUGUAAUUGUUCUCCGGCCAUGAAUUGAGUGAAGAAGAAGAAGAAUUGAAUGAAGAAAGAAGAAUUCAAGAAACACAAAUCUUCAAUUAGUUCAUUCAUUACUGUCUUUAUUUUUAAUUACAAGUCUUUAAUUAAUUAAUUAUUUUGGGGUUGAAUUACUCUCUUUAUUUUUAAUGAAUUAAGUUCUUCAGU